AUGACUUGUAAGAAAGUAUCCUUUCUACUGGUGACAAUACUAUUUGCAUCACGUAUCUUUUUACAACCAAAAUAUUCUUUGAUUUCUGAUUGUGAUGAAACGUUUAAUUAUUGGGAACCUUUGAAUUUUUUAGUUAGAGGCUUUGGCAAACAAACAUGGGAAUAUUCACCUGAAUAUUCUAUUAGAUCAUGGGCAUUUCUAUUACCAUUCUACGCAAUCAUAUAUCCGUUUAAUAUGUUCACUGAAAUGGAAAGUCUUUGGAAUUUUUAUAUUACAAGAAUUACUCUAGGUUUGUUAUCAUUUAUUUUCGAAGUACAAUUGCAUAAUGAAAUCAAGAAAUCUAUGUCUCACAGAGUAGCUAAUAUAUGGUUACUAUUUCAAAUUUUUAAUCCAGGUUAUUUCCAUGCAUCUGUCGAAUUAUUACCUUCUUCAGUUGCAAUGAUAUUAUAUGUCGGAUCAAUUAAAUACGCUCUACGUUAUCUAUCAACGAAUAAGAGUUCUUCAUUUACAAUGAGUCUUACUUUUAACUUCAUUGCAGGUAUAUUAGGCUGGCCAUUCGUUUUAGUAUUAAGUUUACCAUUGUGUGCUCAUUACGUGUUUUAUAACCCUAUGAUAGUAUCUAUUAGAACUGCGUUUGAUUGUAUGUUGAUGUUACUCUCAAUUAGUGCUGUUGUUAUUGGUAUCGACUCUAUGUUUUACGGUAAAUUUGCAUCUGUUUCAUGGAAUAUUCUAUUCUAUAAUGUAUUGAACGCUGACGAAAACAGCGGUCCAAAUAUUUUCGGUGUAGAACCAUGGUAUUACUAUUUAUUGAACUUAUUAUUAAAUUUCCCAUUACCUGUAUUAAUAUUCAGUGUUGUAGGGUUGACUCAUACUCGAUUGGCUCCAUUAUGGAUCUCCUAUAUUAUGUGGAUGACCAUAUUUAUUAUGCAACCUCAUAAAGAAGAAAGAUUUUUGUAUCCGAUUUAUGGUCUGAUCUCGUUAAGUGCAGCUAUUGGGUUUUCUAAAAUAUUGACAUUUUCAAAAUUGUUUAAAAUAUUGAAAAAAAUACUUAAAUCAAUUAUUAUACUCGGGAUAAUCAUCCAAGCAUCAUCCCGUAUUAUUGCCCUUAUUGUUAACUAUACGGCUCCAUUAGAUACAUUCGCCGAACUAUAUAACAUAAGUCCACGUGGAACAGACAGUAUAGAACUUAUCAACGUAUGUGCUGGUCGUGAAUGGUAUCAUUUCCCUUCAUCGUUCCAUUUACCUAAUGGGUAUCGUUUACAAUUCAUAAAAUCUGGGUUUGAUGGAUUGCUACCUGGUAAUUUCCCAGAAUCUAUCCCAUUAUUAGAAACCAUUAGAACCAUUCCCGAAGGGAUGAACAAUUUAAAUAAGUUUGAUUCUGGGAAGAUUGUAGAGCUCGAUGAAUGUACAUAUAUUGUGGAUAUGGUGGAUGAUGCUAAUGAGGAAGUGGAUGCAUUUAAUCCAAUUGAAGAAAUCCAAAACCAGAAGUGGAAUCGCGUGUUCUGUAAUCAAAUCAUUGAUGUAGAUCAUUCCAAGAUUUUAGGAAGAGCAUUUUACAUCCCACCUGUGAUUGCUGAUUUCAUCAAUAAACAUUUCCCUUCAUUGUGGAAUAGAAUGUAUGGAGUUCAAUUUACUGAUUAUUGUUUGUUUGAACGUGUUGAGAACACUCCAAGAAAGACAGAUAUAUAA